AAGAAGAAAUUGCACUCUCUUGGAAAUGGUUAGGUCUAUGCUGAGUUAUUCAACUCUGUCUACGUCCUUCUGGGGAUAUGCUAUUCAAAUGGCAAACGAAAUUUUAAAUGUUGUACCAUCUAAAGCAGUCCCUAAGACACCCGUCGAAUUAUGGAAUGGUCGUACACCUAGUUUACGCCAUUAUAGGAUUUGGGGGGUGCCCUGCUCACGUCUUGAGAAAGAAAGAAGGCAAACUGGAAUCGCGAACUGAAGUUUGCAUGUUUGUCGGAAAUUCUAAAGAGACUAGGGGUGGACUAUUCUAUAGUCACAAGGAUAACAAAGUGUUUGUUUCUACAAAUGCUACUUUCCUUGAAGAUAACUAUAUGAAAGACAACAAACCGAAAAGUGAAAUUGUAUUAGAGGAAAUGCUCACAGAUACUGUUCCUUCAAAUGUACCAUCCUCUUCUACUCAAGAAGAGGAUCAUCCCACUCCCUCAGUUGUAGCAACUGAGAAAACUACUACCAAAGCUCCUGUUCAGAAGGUCACCACUCCUCGUCGUAGUGGGAGGGUUUCUACAAAACCAUCUCGUUAUGGCUUGGAUGGUGAAAUCAAUAUGGUCGUUGGUGACGGUAUUGAUGACGACCCAUUAACCUAUAAAUAGGCAAUGGCAAGUCCGCAACGGAAGCGAUGGUCAGCCGGCAUGGAUUCAGAAAUGGAUUCCAUGAAAAAGAACAAAGUCUGGGAAUAUGUAGAACCACCUGAUGAUUUUCGUCCAAUUGGAUGUAAAUGGGUCUACAAGAAGAAAAGAGGUGCUGGAGGCGAAGUCGAAACUUUCAAAGCUAGACUGGUCGCCAAGGGUUAUACCCAAAGAGAAGGUGUGGACUAUGAGGAAACUUUUAGUCCGGUUGCCAUGCUCAAAUCCAUCCGAAUUCUUCUCUCCAUAGCUGCCGCUUUAGAUUAUGAAA